CGCCACACCACAACCCUCAAUUGAAAAUCAUCUUCCCCCAAAAUAACAAACAAUGACCGCCUCAACAGCCUUCUUCUCUUCAAUUCUCAACAUCCCCACUUCCAAGAUCUCCAAUUCCCAUCUCAGUUUCAACCACAUCCAAAAGAAGCAAUCUUUCUUCGCUCCGUCAAUCCCAAUUUCGAUCUCCUGCAAUUCAACCGCAAUAUCCAAUUCCUUGACUCUCGAUCACGAUGAGGAGGUGAAAAGGGCGGAGUCGAUACUCGGGUCGAAAGUCCGGGUCAAGGUGCCCCUGAAAGUGUACCACGUGCCCAAGGUGCCCGAAGUGGAUCUCACGGGCCGGGUCGGGUUGCUGAAGCAGUACGUCGGGGUUCAUAAGGGGAAGAGGAUCUCUGCGAAUUUGCCCUACAAGGUGGAAUUUGUGGCAGAGGAGAUUAGCGGCCGCGGCGGUAAGCCGAUUAAAUUCCUUGCGCAUUUGAGGGAAGAUGAGUUUGAGUUUCUCGAUUGAUUGUGCUCUCACUUUUUUUAAAAUUGUGUAAUUCAAUGUAGAUAAUGUACCCCUUUAUAUUUACUAUGUCGAAUUGAGUUCUAUGGUUGCUUUGCCACCGUACUUCAAUGAACAAAUUUUACUGA